UGAGAUAAUUAAUCAUCUUUGAGCUGGUGUACUUGAUCUUCUCGUUAUUAAAAUGUAUACACACGUAAAAUUACUUGAACUUAGAAAGAUAUUUUCGUUCCCAAAGAUCUUGAGGUGUUUUAGAAACUUGAGAAUGUGUGACAAAGGAUACGGACCUUGUUUUGGUAAUGUGCUUUUGCCAAGUUGACUUUUUGCAUUGACCUUUAACCCCAAAUCGGUACAUGCACACCACAAUUCAAUCACGCCACGUAUACGCGCGACUAUGACAUCAUGUAAAAUUUGUAUAUUGGAUCCAUUCACAUAGAAUCAGCUAAAUUUCAUCAAGUCAUGCAUGAUAUAACAACGAUUAAACAGCACAAUCAUCAUUCAUCCAUAUGAAUGUUUGACGUACAUGUCAUGUGUGCUUAAGUAUUUAGAUUGUAUUUUUAGACAUAAGAAGAAAAAAUUGCUUAGAUAAGGAAAAACUUACGAAUUGAAGACAAAAGGUAGUGGGAAACAAUUGGCACAAUAUAUUAGUGUGUUAUUCCUAUAUAUUAGUGGUAGUGUUUAAUUUCAAAUAAAACAAAUCUCAUAAUAAGUUUCAGAUAAAGCCAAACCUCAACUAAGUUAAUGAAUUAGGAAGGUGUACUUACUAAAAAUAAUGCACACGAAAUAGUUAUAGCUAAAUACUACGGAAAAUUGAUUAAUAUCGUCAUAUAUGUGUAUGCAAAGAGGCAGACAAAGUCAUAAAUUCUCCCAUAGAAAUGCGAUUCGUGAGGCAAUUUAUUAAAUAUAUAUCCCUAACUUUUUAGGCAUUACUUAGUGGUUAGUCAUAACUUGUAAGCAAUCUUUCGACCACACAUUAAUUAGGUCAACUUACAAUUGAACUUAUAUAUGCAAUAGACAUCGCCAAGUAUUUAUAUUUAUUUUCCGAAAAAAGAAAGGCUAGUGUUUGCAAGUAUUACAAAAGAAGAUAAACACUAAUUUAAUCAUGGACCUAAGAUAAUAAUUCGUGAAUUUUCCUCACCUUAUUCUAGCUAAACUGUUCAUAUAUAAUUGUGCAUGGGCUGCUCCCAGAUUAUUUUCAAAGUUAUAGAAGGGUAUAACAAAUUAACAAUAUAGUUGUAAUUUAGAGCUAAAGGUCAUUUGUUAUACGAAAUAAUACAUGACAUGAAAUGAAAUACGAAGUUACCAAAACAUGUCAGAUACCAAAAGUAAAUUGGAGGAUGUUUGACAUCCAACUAAUUUUUUUUUCAACUAUUCUUUUAUUAUAUAGAUAUUGAUCAUAUUCACUUGAUUGUCUAAUAAACCUAAAACUUGAUUCAGUUUCACGUCAUGUAAUUAUAAUCAACAAAAUAAAAUAGCUACAUGAAAUAAAAUAUUAUUAUACACCUGAAAUUCAUAUACGAUCAAUGUUAAAGAAAUAUUUUAGCCAAUCACUUUAUUAUAAAUGUUUUCCAAUGUAUAUUUGUGAUCUGGAGUCUGGACCAAUAUGUGAGUGACAAAGACUUAUAACUAUUAAUAUUGACCUUUCGGUUUUGAUUUUGUUAUAGAAAUAUAAACUCACAUGUACAUGGUCCAGCAAAAAUAUUUGCUAAAAGAUUUAUCAAACAUUGGUUGGAACUUGAAACAAGCUAUUGCUAUUAGGUACGUUAUUAAUGUUAUGGUGGAUGGGUUAAAAAGGAAAAUAAGAAAAAUCAAGAAACAAAAUUACCAAAUCAUAGCAUUCAGUUUUGGCAAGUAAAUUAAGUUUUAAUGUAUUAGAGAGUAGUUCUCAUCAUAUGCAUGCACAUGGCAACAUGGUGCUUCCUUCGUAUAUACUCAGAUUUUUAUAAUAUGAAGAAGUUGGUUAAAAUACGAGCCAGCACUGAAGUUGUUUUGAUGAGGGGAUGGUUAAUUAAAAAACAUAAUCACUUUGAUACUCCCUAAGCAUAUAAUCCUAAUCUGCCCACCCACCACUACCGAACUCUUUUUACGAAGUAUGCCUCAUUGGCAAGUACUAAAAUCAAAGCAUGAUAUAUUGCUCGUUAACUACCAAGAUUAUGUUAAAUAUUAAAACUAAACCAACGAUGUGUAUAUCUACAUUUAUCUGUCUAUGAGACUAUGAAGGAUUCUAGAAUGAUUAUAGGAAUCUUUUCACUUUUGCGAUUUGAUUUUGUUUGCUGGGAUUUGAUCUGUUUAACAUGUAUGCCGUAUGUGUUGUAAUCGACAUCACGAGUUUUUAAUUAGUAUGGAUUUUUUUUUUGAAAAGGAAUCUUUACUCUAUACACCAACUAAGGUUACGGUUAAAAAAAUAAUUGCGUAUCUAUCUAGACAUCGUUCUGUGGACAUGAUAGACCAUUAAGACAUUCACCUUCAUUUGUGGUUUAAGUAAUCCAUAUAACAGUGAAUAAUAUACAUUGACCACAUAAUAAAGCUUAGACUCCUCGAUAUUGUUUAAAAAUAAUGAAUAUAUUCGUCAAGUUGUUCCAAUCAUAUGGGCUUUCCCUUUUUAUCUGCAUCCACAAGCAAAUUAAAAAGCGUCGCACAAGUUGCUGUACCUUUGGAACUUCUUUAAUUCAUCUUCUCAAUUAGUUUUUUUUUUUUUUUGAAAAUAUCUUCUCAAUUAGUUAACUCAUUUAAUUUCCGAAAAGUUUUAAUUUACAACAUGUGAGCGAAAUGGAAACAUAGUACCAGAAAUAAAUAAAUGAAAACGCCGAAGAACUGAGAGCAUGAAAAACACGUAAUCACCAUAAUUCUCAGCCAAAGUGACGAGACUCUUUCUCUUAUUAAUUUUCUUCAUCACUGAGACAUUUAUAUUUAACUCCAAAAAAGUUAUGCAGUGAUAAAAUUUUAGGUACAAAAAGAUUCAACUCUUACAUUGAUAUAUCAAGCCAUUCAAAAAAGUUUAAGCUCACUAAUGAGAUAUUAGAUGAUUGUAAGUGUUGACGCUAAUUUAAAUUGUAAAAUAAAAAACAUAAGAUAGUAUGUCAUUUUCUUACUAGUUAUUAUCCUCCAUCUUAUCUUCAACUGACGUAGAAAAUUUAAGUUACUCUUUUAAAAAGUGUUGUCAGUCUUUUAUUUAUUUUAUCCAUAGUCAUAAAAUAAAAUGUAUUAUUCUAAAAAAAUAAUUAUAAAAAGUAUAUUUCUUAAAUGUAGCAGGGAAAUUCAGAUGUAAAAGUUAGGGGUUCCUUCAGUACUUCACAUGUCCAUUGCCAUCCUUCAACGUCACUUAUAAAAUCUAAGUCAACGAGAAAAUCUCGUCCGUAGGAUGAUGAUGGACACGAUCAAGACCAUGAUGAUGGUCCUUGAAUAGUCAUGGGCUCUCGCAAUUCUUUCAAGUCUUGGGGGUUACCUCCUUUGUCAGAGUUUUUGGAAACUUUUUAUUCUCUUUUUGGGUUUAUUUAUCAGAAACUAAAAGAAGAAUAAAGAGGAAGAAAUUUAGGAAACGUUGAGAAAAAAAGAAGAGUAAUUCCGGAAAGGUUGCGCUAAAAACUUGAUAUACUUUCGAUUUUUCCGUUUUCAAAAUGUAUAGAAAACAAACUAAAAUACAUAAAAGAAAAAAACACUAGAAUUGUAGCGAAUAACAGGCCAAUAAAACUAAAGAAGCUCAAAAAGACAGUUGGGCUUGCUUUUGUAUUCAUUUCUAGUGGAGUUCCCUUUCACUUUCUCUAGAACCCUAAGCCCAUUCAUUCCAACAAUAGAAGUAUAUACUUGUUUUUUUCAGAGAAAAUCUCCUUUCUAGUUUCUACUAUAGUCAAUCAUCAACCAAAAGAAGCAAUACUAUUCUUCAUUGGCCAUUGAGAUAUAAAUGUGUAUUAUAAUCAGAUGCUAAAUUAAUAUUUUAAUUCCUCUUCUCCCUCCUUUUUGUUAUCAUUUUCUUAUCGCUUGAGGAAAUGAAUAAGAGAUUGUCAUUAAUCUUCAUCAUUGCUUCCCAUUUGUUCGUCUCCGGUAAGGAUUUUCCUCUGGCAAAGGUAUAUCGAGUUCGUCUUUUUUGUUUUUUUUUUCACCUCCUUUUUGUGUUGGUAGGAGUCACGUCGAAGAACAUAACCAUAGAGAACAAAUGCGAUUACACCGUGUGGCCUGGAUUCUCCAACUCUUUUGAUGAUAUCGGCACCACUGGAUUUGCUUUAGAGAAAGGAGAGUCGCGUGUUAUCCUCGCGUCGCCGUUAGGGUCAGGUGCGAUAUGGGGUCGAACUCUCUGCUCGAGAAACUCAACAGGCAAAUUUUCGUGCGCUACGGGAGACUGCGGCUCCGGUGAAAUCGAAUGCGCCGAGUCCGGCGAAUCCCCAAGGAAUACCACUUUAGCGCAGUUUCUCCUAAAUAACGAGACUGUUGACUUGUACCGCGUCAAUGUCGUCUACGGUUACAACCUCCCAGUGCUGGUGGUCCCACAGAGAAUUUACUACGGUCUUGACUACGGUCUUGACUACGGUAAAGUAUGCUCCAGGGUGGAUUGCGAUGUCGUUAACCUGAACCAGGCUUGUCCGUAUGACCUUAUGGUGCUCGAUGCCGAGGAAAGGCCAAUCGCCUGCACUAACCCGUGCGGAACAUCAAAUUGCAUGACGUCUUCUUUUUCGCAAAGCUUCAAGGUUCCGUGUCCACAAGCUACUACUUUCGACGAUGGUGACAACAACUAUUUGGCAUGCACAGGCUCCACCGACUACGUCAUCACGUUUUGCCCUUCCUUCACUCCAAUCCCCACCAGUCGUGCGAAGAGAAGCGAACCGUUGAUCGAUCGAAACUCUCCGACGGAGCCUCCACCACCGAUCCACGAACGAGAUGGAUAUACUCAUUUUAAUGUUUCAGAGUUUCAACAAGGAAAAAACACCAGAACUUCACAUGUCGAUCUCGAUUUUUCUUCAGAAAUGUCUACAAAUAUCGCCAAUAUGAUGGGUGUUCGAACUGCAAUUUGUGAUCCACAUACCCAUCAACAACUUAAAGCCGAUUUGGUUGAACAUUUACGGAGUCGAUUUGGACGUGACUGAGACAACUACCAAGCUCAGAUAUUUUUUUAAAUUAUUUUUGAUUACUGUACUAAUUUUAAUUUUAAUUUUUUUUAUUUAUGUUUUAAAUGUUAUCUUUUAAUAUAUUUUAUUUAAUAAAUAAAUUUUAUAUUGAAAAAAAUAUUUAAUAUUUUUUUUAAGAACCUCUAGUUAAGAAACUCCCAAUAAACCGACUAAAAUAGGAGUUUCUUAACUAAAGUUAUUUGAUUAGUUUUAUUAAUUAAAAGUUACUAAGAAACCCAUUAGGGGUAAUAGGGUUAAAGAUGGUCUUAAACCAAACCACCAAUCCAUAGUGAAUGUAUAUAUGUAAACAGAUGUCAAAACGAGUCUAGGUCCUAACCAUCCAAGUCUAGUAUAUAUAUAUAUAUAUAUUAGACCAAAUAAAAGUUAAGACAUAAGUUUGCUCCAGUUCAACUUAGUAGUUAGUAUAAUGCAUUUUAGAAACAACAUUUCCAAAGACAAAUUCGUGAAAAGGUUAGACCCAACAGUGUCAUAUCGUACGAGGAAUUGUACAUUUGGUGACAAACAUCUGAUACUCAUAGAACAUUUCCGACCUAUUGCUAUUUUUUAUUUGAAAAGUUCUAAUAAAGAAAAAUUUACUCCAAUCCUUUUUUAUUUGAAAAUAUCAUUUCUUUAUUAUAGAAGCAUAUUUUAAAUUUACAAAAUGGUUUCUUAACUUUUAUUUUUUAGAAUUAUGACUAAAAUAUUUAGAGAAAUAUAAUUUGUAUAUAAAUAUAAUCAUACUUUUUAUUUACAUAAAUAUCAUAAUUUAUAUAUGAAAAUCUUGCAAAAACUAAAAUAUAUCGAGUUACUUUUCAAUUUUCACAAAUAAAAUAAAUUAUUUGUAAACAAAUAAUUAUAACAAGAAAAUUCUUUUUAAAUAUAUAUGAAUUAGUUUAAAACCACUAUAAAUUACUAAAACUGUUAUAAGUUUCACAUUAAAAACUAUGUGAUCAAUAAUUUAAACUUUUUGUUAUAGCAAUAUACAAAUGAUCAGAAAACCAUAUGAAUAAAAAGUUUUAUUUAAUAAAAAUUCAUAUUAAUUAUAUAUAUAUAUAUAUAUAUCUAUUUUAAUAUUAUUUAAUUUAAACUAUAUACCAUAUAAAAAUAUUUUAAUUUUGAAAUUUUAGAUAUAUAUAUAUUAUACUUUAAUUGAUAAAAAAUAAAUAUUUAUACAAUUUUAGUUUGAUUAAAUAAUUAAAAUAUAUUUUACAUAUUUUUUGUUAUUAUUUAAAAAUAUUUUAUAAAACUCCACGUAAGGCGCAUAUUAUUACUUAGUUUAUGCUAUUCCACACAAUAUCAAGACCGACUUUGAGAUUUUGGAAGCUUGUGGUUAUAUCUAUGUAAAUUAUUUUAAUAUAAAUUUGGAGGUAUAAAUUUUUUUUUGGAAGCUUAUAUUUACAUUAGUUUUUUCAAAAAAUUUGAAUACUAUACAAGUGUUUCACCGGUACUGCACAACAUUUUUUGCCUUAACUUAUGUAAUGGUUUGAUUACUGAUAUAUUUUUUUCUUUUUUGAUAUAUGAAUAUUAUAUACACCCAGUCGAUAAUGCAUUUUCACACGCAUAAUUUUGCUUGAAAACUGAUAUAUGUACAUAUUAACGUUGAAGACGCAUGAGCAAAAGCCCAACGACAGAGUCUUCUUUGAUAAAUGAAAC